AUGUCACAAUAAUAAAAACAACCAAUUCAUGAAAGACGUCGUAGAAGUGGAGCUUUACAUGCUUAAACAUGUGAAGAAUAUCUUAAAGUAUCUACUUAUAAUGUAUUAAUCAAAAGAAAUACGAAUAAAUUGGAUAAAUAAUAAUACGAGAGAGUUCAAGAAAAAAAAGUUUGUCUGAAUCAGCUUUUCUUAAUUUCGAUUUUAUACCUGCAGAUGAAGGUAUAGAAGAAGAUAUUUGUUAACUUAAAAUUCUUAUCUAUUCUCCAAAACUAAAAUUGAAUGAAUAAGAAUUUUUACAAAUUUUAAAACUUGUCACAAAUAGAUCAAUUACGACAGAUAAUAUAUCAAAUUCUAAUUUAACAUUCGAUUUUGAUUUCUUCUAUAGAGAAUAUGAAGUAAAUGAUAAGAAUUUUGGUCUACAUUUUUGGAUCCAAAAUAAUUCAAAAAGCAAACAUACAUUCUUUUUUAGAGGUAUACAACUAUUGUUAAUUUUAUUAAAUCAGAAAAUUAUUAUCAGUUCUUUAAUGCAGCUAUUCUAUUUUAACGAGAUAGUAAUGUAGAGUCCUUAAUUAGAGAAAUUAAUCCUAACUGUACAAUUAAAAUAUUUCCAUUUGUAAUUCUUUUUCUUAUAUUUUAUAGAUGGAUGAAUUGCUUAUGGAAUCACUCUAAUCUAUUAUUGCUGAAGUAACAUUUUUAUUUAUUUCAUAAGAUCUGUCAUAGCCAUAUCAAAUCUUGA